AUGACACCUAGACUCCCUCCUCCACCCCAACCUACGGAACCUGAUGCGUCCAACAACGCUAGGUUGUUGGAGACGGUGAUAGACCGCUUACAGCAACAAAACACGACACUGAUGGAACAAAAUGCCACUCUGAUGCAGCAGAAUCAGAGUGCCAUGCAGAGUUUGGAAGCUUCACGUGCCAACUCUGAAACAACACAAAGACAAUUGAUGGAGAUUUUAGCAGCGACCAGGCAUAAUUCAGGGGCGUCUUCUUCCAACGCCGUCCCGCCUACUGCUGAGUGGAUCUUGGAGAGUUUCCUCCAACACCAUCCGGCCAAAUUCAGUGGAAAAUGCCUUCCUGAUGAGGCGGACCAGUGGCUAAGAGACAUGGAACGUAUUUACAAUGCUAAGAGGUGUCCGGAUGAAAGCCGCUUGGCUUUUACAGAGUACUUACUGACUGGUGAAGCUAGCCACUGGUGGACGAGUAUGAAAGCCAUCUUAACGGACGCUCAGAAUCCCAUCACCUGGGCGGUUUUCAGAGGCAAAUUUUAUGAGGAGUACUUCCCGGACAGCGUUCGUUACGCUAAGGAAGUUGAGUUUCUUCAACUGUCGCAAGGAGCGAAGUCUGUGUCGGAGUAUACCAACACUUUUAAACAUCUUCUGAGGUUCAAUACGAUGGCCACCAGUGAGGAGUGGCAGUGCAGGAAAUUUGAGAACGGACUGCGGAGUGAUUUGAAGGUCUUGAUUUCCAGUUUGUGCAUCCGGUCGUUUCCAGCCAUGGUUGAGAGGGCUAAAGUAUUAGAGAAAAAUAUGGCUGAGGCGGAACAACAGAAGAAACAACAGGCGUCAAGAGGACCAAUUCUGUCGAGACCUAAUGUGAAUCGGAACAGGACCCCAUACGCUCGUCCAGCUCAGUCGAGUGGUUCGCAAGCUAUGGUAGUUGCUGGACAAGCAAAUCAACCGGGGCCGGUCAGAUGUUUUCAGUGCGGAGGACCCCACUUUAGAUCAUCAUGCCCUCAGUUGGUUGGAGGGAAAUAUUGCACUCGAUGUAAAAGAAACGGUCAUCUGGAGAACGAGUGUAAUAUGGGCGGACGUGCAGUGAUGAGACCGCCGAACGCUGGAAGGACUCAGCAAGGAAGAGGUGGUCGAGCCCAAGCUGUUGGGCGUGUAUAUGCAAUCACGGGUGCGGAAGCAGCGAGUUCAGGUACACUUAUCACCAGCACGUGCUUGCUAUAUGGAAUGAAAUGUUGUGUAUUGUUUGACUCGGGGGCGACACACUCCUUCAUCUCGAAGGCGUGCGUUGAUAAGCUGGGAUUAGCUGAGAGUGAGAUGCAGUUCGACUUGGUGGUGUCAACCCCAGCGGCUGGAGAGGUUAGGACAUCUACCGUGUGCGUUAGAUGUCCUAUUGAGGUAGAAGGGCGUAGAUACAAGGAAUAUGAAGAAGAGUUGGGUGUGACGCUCAGUCAAAUUAAGGAAGAUAUAAUGGAAGGCGCCAGUUGCUUCUUGAUCAUGACACAUGAAGACAGAGAGGUUGCGGAUAAGAGUUUUGAACGUUCGUCCAAUAAGUACACUAAAGGACGAACGGUUGUGGACGAAUUCCCGGACGUCUUCCCGGAUGAGGUGCCUGGAUUGCCUCCCGUUCGUGAAGUUGAGUUUACCAUUGAUUUGCUGACCAUCAAGAAUAAAUACCCACUGCCUCGCAUUGACGAUUUGCUGGAUCAAUUGCAUGGAGCGAGCGUUUUCUCCAAGAUAGAUUUGAGAUCGGGCUACCACCAAAUUCGGGUUAAGGAAGGAGAUAUUCAGAAGACGACCUUUAGAUCUCGGUAUGGACAUUAUGAGUAUGUGGUCAUGCCGUUCGGUGUGACGAACGCUCCGGCAGUCUUCAUGGAUUACAUGAAUAGGAUCUUCAGGCCGUACUUGGACAAAUUUGUGGUGGUGUUCAUUGACAAUAUUCUCAUCUACUCCAAGAGCUGUGAAGAGCAUGAAGAACACUUGAGAUUAGUACUUGGAGUGUUGAGGGAAAAGGAGUUGUACGUUAAGUUGUCCAAAUGUGAUUUUUGGAUGAAGGAAGUACAGUUCUUGGGUCACGUUGUGUCUGCUGGUGGGAUUUCAGUUGAUCCGGCUAAGGUACGAGCGGUCUUGGAAUGGGAGAAUCCACGCUCGGUCACUGAAGUUAGGAGCUUUGUGGGACUCGCGGGCUACUAUAGGCGUUUCAUAGAAGGAUUCUCUAAGAUAGUAGCACCGUUAACACAACUGACCAGGAAGGAUCACCCGUUCGCCUGGACCGAUCGGUGUGAAUCUAGUUUUCAAGAGCUGAAGCGGAAGUUGACGAGCGCUCCAGUUUUGGUAAUUCCGGACACUGCCAAACCUUUCGAAGUUUACUGUGACGCAUCUCACCAAGGUUUGGGGUGCGUUCUUAUGCAAGAGAAACGAGCAGUGGCGUACGCCUCUCGGCAAUUGAAGAUACAUGAGAAGAAUUAUCCAACGCACGAUCUAGAGCUGGCAGCCGUCGUCUUUGCUCUGAAGAUUUGGAGGCACUACUUGUAUGGAUCCGUUUUCCAAGUCUUUACUGAUCAUAAGAGUCUCAAGUACCUCUUUGAUCAAAAGGAAUUGAAUAUGAGGCAGCGGAGGUGGCUUGAAUUCCUAAAGGAUUAUGAUUUCGACUUGCUUUAUCACCCUGGUAAAGCGAACGUUGUGGCGGAUGCACUAAGCAGGAAGGUGGUGCAUGUGUCGUCCAUGAUGGUACGUGAGUUGAGCCUUGUGGAAAGCUUUAGAGACUUAAGGUUGCAAUUCAAUUUAGAACCGGACAGCAUCAAAUGCUGUAACCUUAGGAUAUCCAGUGACGUUUUCGAGAGGAUUAGAAUGAAGCAACUUGAAGAUGAAGAAUUAGUGAAGAUAAGAGGCGCGCUCGGCACAGAUAAAGCAAAGGAGUUCAAUGCUGGGACGGACGGCCUACUACGUUAUAUGGGUAGGACGUGCGUUCCCAAUGAUGGAGACUUGAAGCGGAUGAUAUUAGAGGAAGGGCAUCACAGCUGUCUUAGCAUGCAUCCGGGCAUGACUAAGAUGUACCACGAUCUCAAGCAGUCGUUCUGGUGGCCAGGGAUGAAGAAUGAUGUUGCACGCUUUGUGGCAUGA